CAGGCUCCGCUAGCAUAGCCGGUUCCUCUUUACAUAACGGCGCGGGGCGGAAUGGGCUCGGGCCACCGCCUCCGCCCGGCCGCCUGCCCGGACUAUCGCGGCCCGCGGUGGGGACGGCGGCCGCAGCAGCAAAGUUUCCCCGGUGGCGGCCCGGGGGCGCAUCCUCCCGCAACUGUCAAGCGCUGGCGGCGGAAAUGAUGAGACGCUGGCCAUUUUCCGAGCCCGGGUUUCCUGCCUGAGCCCCGCUCGAGCGAGCCGCGAGCCAGCAGCCGGCGCGCAGGAGAGAACGCGCCCGGGGCGGGGGCCCGCCCGCCCCCUCGGGAUUUCGGGGGCCCGGAGGCGCGCGACGCCAUGGGCCGGCCCGGCCCGGACCCCCUCUCUCUCAGCCUGGCCACUCCACCUCGGUCUCCGCCAUGAAUGGACCUGCCCUGCAGUCCUCCUCGGCUUCCCCCGCGCCCUCGUCUGCAACCGCGGCCCCGUCCCCGAGGGGCUGGAGCGAGUUCUGCGAGCUGCACGCGGUGGCCACGGCCCGGGAGCUGGCCCGGCAAUACUGGCUCUUCGUCCGCGAGCACCCGCAGCACGCGCCAUUGCGGGCCGAGCUCGUGUCGCUGCAGUUCACCGACCUCUUCCAGCUCUACUUCUGCCGUGAGGUGCGCCAGGGCCGGGCACCGGGGCCCCCGGCGCGUGACUACCGGGAGGCGGGUCGCGGGCCUCCGGCCAAGGCCGAGGCGUCCCCCGCGGAGCCGGGCCCCGCCGCCCCGGCCCUGCCCAAGGCCCGCAGUUCGGAGGAGCUGGCCCCGCCACGGCCUCCUGCGUCCUGCACCUUCCAGCACCUGCGCCACAGCCUCCGCCACAUUAUUCGCCGCCGCUCGGCUGGGGAGCUGCCGGCCGCCGGGGCUGCUGGGGAGGCUCGGGCCAAACCUGGCCUGGCCAGGAAGCUCCUGCCCAGGAGCCUGGCCCGGGAGCCACUGCCCGAGGCCCUCAAGGAGGCGGCGCUGCGCUACAGCCUGGCGGACGAGGCCUCCAUGGACAGCGGGGCGCGCUGGCAGCGCGGGCGGCUGGCCCUGCGACGCGCCCGAGGCCCUGACGGUGGGGCGGACCGUGUGCUGGAGCUCUUCGACCCGCCCAAGAGUUCCAAGCCCAAACUCCAAGCAGCCUGCUCCAGCAUCCAGGAGGUCCGGCGGUGCACACGCCUCGAGAUGCCCGACAAUCUCUACACCUUCGUGCUGAAAGUGAAGGACCGAACAGACAUCAUCUUUGAGGUGGGAGACGAGCAGCAGCUGAAUUCAUGGAUGGCUGAGCUCCAGGAAUGCACAGGCCAAGGCAGGCUGGAGAGCACAGACCCAGAGCUGCACGUUCCCCCAGCUCUCGAGCCCCCCAUGGCGAGCUCUCCCAGGGGAAGCACAGAUUCCCUGAACCAAGGUGCUUCUCUUGGGGGGUUGCUGGACCCAGCCUGCCAGAAAACAGAUCACUUCCUGUCCUGCUACCCCUGGUUCCAUGGUCCCAUCUCCCGAGUGAAGGCAGCUCAGCUAGUCCAGCUGCAGGGCCCUGAUGCCCACGGAGUGUUCCUGGUACGGCAGAGUGAGACACGGCGUGGGGAAUACGUGCUCACAUUCAACUUCCAGGGCAUAGCCAAGCACCUGCGUCUGUCGCUCACCGAGCGGGGCCAGUGCCGAGUGCAGCACCUUCACUUCCCCUCGGUCGUGGACAUGCUCCACCACUUCCAGCGCUCACCCAUCCCACUCGAGUGCGGCGCUGCCUGUGACGUCCGGCUGUCCAGCUAUGUGGUAGUCGUCUCCCAGCCACCAGGUUCCUCCAACACGGUCCUCUUCCCUUUUUCCCUCUCUCGCUGGGAUUCAGAGCUGGGCCUCCCCCACCUUAGCUCUUCUGGCUGUCCACGGGGGCUCGGCCCAGAGGCUCUCCCAGGCCGAUCCUCGCCUCCCGAGCAGAUCUUCCACCUGGUGCCUUCACCUGAGGAACUGGCCAACAGCCUGCGCCACCUGGAGCCCGAGCCUGCCACCCGAGCCCGCGACUCAGACUACGAGAUGGACUCCUCCUCCCGGAGCCACCUGCGGGCUGUUGACAAUCAGUACACGCCUCUCUGACAGGCGGUGAGGAGUCCCUGGUCCAGCACAGCAAGCAAGAGAGCACCUUGUGAAUGUAACUUUCCUUCCUUUCAGAAAGAUGUAAGGGACACUGGUAACUGCUCCUUCCAGUUUGGAUGUGACCCUUCUAUUAGGCCUGUUAAAGGGCCUCCUGUAAGCUUCAUCUACCCCCUGUCUUUCUCUCAUUGUUUACAGAUGUAGUUCUUGUUUGCAGAUGCCUCUAGCUCCUGCCCUGGGUCCCUAGGACUGGUCCCCUGGGUCCCUAGGACUGGUCCCCAUCACUCUUAGAGGAGGUGGUGGGGUUAGGGCCAGAACUGGCAGUGGAAACUUGUUCGUCACUGACGCUGUCACAGCUGAUGACAGACUUUAAGCCCAAAACACUAACAAGCCCUGGAUUCUCUUAUGGUUUUCCUGUUGUAGCUUCAGUCCACAUGGCACCUCUGCUGUACCCAGGCCAUAGGUGACCACCCUGAACCUGCUUCGACACAGCCUUAGGACAAAGCUCUAGCAGAUGGACAAGUUAAACGUCAAAAAUGAUUUUAAACAUUUUACCUCAAAUUAAUUUUUCAAAGAAUUCAGGUUUCAAAACUAAACCAUUGCUUAUUUCAUUGCACUGUUUGAAUUACUACCCAUGCGAUUUUUAUAGUCAGACAGCUAUGCAAACCCUACCUGACUAGUUCCCGGUGUGAGCCAGCACGCCUGGCUUCCUGGUCUGUUGCGUCCUCAGGACAGUCACCUGCUGCUGAGUAGCAACUGUCCUUCCUAAAUGUAAAGAAGUGAUGUGUCACCCUUUCAGGGACAUUCAGGCAAUUACUGAAAUAGGAGGGUGGCAAGUUACAGUUCUACCCUGGUGCCUUAUGAAUAAAAUGGAGUUUGGUUUAUAGCAGCUUUAUGGUGAGAGUUCAACUAACUGAGGUGUAAAGGACGGACAAACAAAAAGGGAAGAAGGGCUCCUGGGCCUUUCUAGUAAAUUCUUCACCAACAGGGUUGGCUUGGAGCCCCCCAGCGUCUGAUGGCUUAUUAAAUUAUUCCACAAGGUUUUAGACUCAUUCCUGAGCCAAAAUGGAAGCGAGGCCUCUGCUGCCACGGCUAACGAGGAGCUCCUUUCACUGCCCAUAAUCAGCGUGCUGUUCCGGCUGGUACUGCGUCACUUGAUGAAGAAGGUGUGUGCACGGACACAUCUCCAACAGGCAGGGAGGGCCCGCGGUCAAUCCUCUAUCUAUACUUUCACAAGUGAUACAAUUCGCGGGGCGGGGGUGAGGGGGAGCUGGCUCCUCCCAGAUCUUCCGGGCGGAGGCUCAGAAACAAGGGGACAGUGACAUGACAGAGUGAAGUCAGCUGCUCCCGGCUGCCAGCAGAGCCAUUCAGUACAGCCGCCAGGCUCACCCAAGUGGCUCCUGGGAACCUGGCAGCUCAGCACAGCUUCAUGUAUAUAGACGCACAUCAAUUUUAGGCUAAAAUUAAACCUUGGCCUAAAACUGACUACUGACUGCCUUAUCUGGGGUGAGGGUUUGGUCUGCUCCCUCUAGCCAUUCUCUGUACUCCAAGAGGUCAGACAUUUGCUUCUAGAAUUUUCUGGGGUUUUUUUGGAGGGGAGGGGAGAGGCAAGUAGCCCACCUCGUUACUUUUAGAACCAACACUCCUGGUGUUUUGAGAGCUUGUAAAGCAGAUAACAACCCUGAUCCAGAUUUGUGGUCCAUUUCUAAGGAUCCUUAUUUUCUACAAAUCAAGCAGGCUUCUCUAAGUAAUGAAUGCUAAUUAAGCAAAGUGUGAACCAGGGGAGCGAGCACUAUUUUGAAUGUCUCUUUUUAAAGAGAAAACUAAUCACAAAGUCAAUGCUGACAAGUCUACUGGUGCAGAAUUCCCCUUGUCUGCACAGGAAAGGAACUGAGUAAAUGCCCUCCUCCCUCCACAUUUGGGAUAUGACAUAUUCAAGCCAGGGGCACUCUCACUCCUGAGCAGUCUCAACGUACACAUCUCAGAUAGUGCCAAACCAGAAGCUGUGACCCACUGGCUACAAAGUACAAGCUCAGAUUCUGACAGAAUUGGAAGUCACCCACCUCCAGACUGCUUCAGUAUAAAAUGUUCAAGAAAAACUUUUCCUUUCUAAACACGUCUGAGUUACCAGGAUAGUUCAAAAUACAUUCUGACAAACCCCAUAAUGGCCUGGGAAGAAGUGACACUAAACCAAUGCCUUUCCUUCGUGCUAGAGCAGGUCGAGCUGGAGGAGGGAGCAGUGGGUCCCUGGGCUUGAUGCCCUCAGUGACCCUGCUGGCUGCAGCUGGCCUGCCACGAUGAUAGCACAUUCUACCACCCUUCCAGUCCUGAUGUGACCACUGCUGGCAGCAAGAGGCCAAGCCAGCAGCCUCCACUGAACCCAGGCUCUGAGUGCCAAAGGGACAGCAACCAUCAGUUAUCUACUUACAGACAACAAAGAUAGCUUGACUGUUCCCAGCACCAUCACUUCCUUAAUCUGACUUUAAUUAACUUUUACAAACUACUAACAGUCACCAGCACCAAAGAAUUAAGUCAACUAACCUGCCUUGAAUUUUAGACCAGCAAUCCAUAUGGCUUUAUCUGGUAUAAAUCUUCUGCCUUUGAUCAUUUCCGGACCGUGUAGGAAAAAGGAAUAGCAAUCAUUAAAAUCGUAGGCCAGAGAACACUAUUUUUAUAUAACAGUUUCUUAACCUAAAAUCAAGGCCUUGAACUCUUCCCUAAGGGUUGCCUAAAAUUCCUUCAUGCUUUUAUUCAGGGCUAAGUCUCUUAUCGCAAAUGUCAUGUGAGCUCUAACAUCUCCCACAGGUUACAGGAACUUAUAUUAUCCACUGCCUCUUAACAAGGACACAUCUGACAUCCAGUGUUUGGUUGGAACAAGCAGAGCAUUGUAACAAUACAGAAAAUGAAUUCAUCUUCUAUCAUUAUAGGCAGAAGGUUAUUUGGCAAAUUUUUAUGUCUUGUUUAUGUACUGUAUAAGUAACUUAUUCUUGAAUAAUGCAAAAUUUGCUACAAUGUACAAAUUGCUAUAUGUGA